CCGCCGCCCCCCCCGCCAUGGUGGAUUACAGCGUGUGGGACCACAUCGAGGUGUCGGACGAUGAGGACGAGACGCACCCCAACAUCGACACCGCCAGCCUCUUCCGCUGGCGGCACCAGGGAUCCCGGAGCGCCCCACGGGGAUCCCGGAGCUCUCACAUCCCGCUGCUCCCGCAGAGCGUCUUCAACGUGAAGCAGACGGACGAGGAGGAGUCGGAGGAUCAGAAGGAGAAGAAGCUCAAGACGUUCGUGGAGCGGAACGAGAAGCAGAUCAAGCACUUUGGCAUGCUGCGGCGCUGGGACGACAGCCAGAAGUACCUGGCGGACAAUCCCCACCUGGUGUGCGAGGAGACGGCCAACUACCUGGUGAUCUGGUGCGUCGACCUGGAGGUGGAGGAGAAGCACGCGCUCAUGGAGCAGGUCGCGCACCAGACCAUYGUCAUGCAGUUCAUCCUGGAGCUCGCCAAGGGGCUCAAGGUGGAUCCGCGCGCCUGCUUCCGCCAGUUCUUCGCCAAGAUCAAGACGGCCGACCAGCGCUACAUGGACGGGCUCUACGACGAGGUGGAGUCGUUCAAGGAGCGCGUGCGCGGGCGCGCCAAGGCGCGCGUGGAGCAGGCCGUCAAGGAAUACGAGGAGCAGGAGCGCCAGAAGCGCCUGGGCCCCGGCGGCCUCGACCCCGUCGAGGUCUACGAGUCGCUCCCGCCCGAGCUGCAGAAGUGCUUCGACGUCAAGGACGUGCUCAUGCUGCAGGAYGCCAUCAGCAAGAUGGACCCCACGGAAGCCAAGCACCACAUGCAGCGCUGCAUCGCCUCGGGGCUCUGGGUGCCCAACGCCAAGGCGGGCGCCGAGGGUCCCGACGAGGAGCUGGACAAGGAGAGCGGCGCCGGCGAGGGGGGCGGCCCCUGAGCCCCCCAGGACCCCCCUCAUCCUCCUCCU